GCAUAGAGUUUCUGAUCACAUGACUGGAAGUGUAGGAUUUGACUCCAGCUGGGAGAGGAGCGUGUUCAACUAUACAUGCAUUCAAAACACUCGCCUUUCCACAUUACAAGACGUGGAUCUGUCACAGGAAAACCACUCCAUUGAUUUCCCGAUACUUUUGAAGCUUGUAUAUGAUUGUUUUUCCAUACAAGAAACUUAAACAAGGAGACGUCGGCUCCGUCAUGAGAAUUGGGAAGUUUACCGGCUGAGCGAUGGAAUAAAUCGUGGAUCUGAUGUUGUUUUCUUCAGUAUCGGGAAGAAAGAAGGGCUCGUUAGGAGAGAAGUGGAGGGGUUUUACUUGUUACUGACAUUCCUCCCGUUUGCUCUCUUGAGUUUGAUUCAAAGUUAUUAAGAGGCAAGAUGGCGGCCGAUUCCGUGCAGGGUGAUGCUCGGGGUCAGAUGGUCUCAGAACGCCUGGGUUUGGGUCAUAAUCUGGACCUCUCAGACACCAUGGUCCAGCAAAAGCUGGAUGAGAUAAAGGACCAGAUCAAACGAGAGAUCCGUAAAGAGCUGAAAAUCAAAGAAGGAGCAGAGAACUUGAGGAAGGUCACCACAGAUAAGAAGAGCCUGGCUUAUGUUGACAAUAUGCUAAAGAAGUCCAACAAGAAGGUGGAGGAACUACACCAGGAGCUUCAGGAACUGAAUGCACAUAUAGUGGUGAAGGAUCCGGAGGAGCUUGUAGUGUCAGAGUACCCACUUACCCCAGACACCCCAAAGAGUGAAGCCCGGACAUCCACCAAUAGUAGCCGACUGGCCGCUCUGAAGAAACAAGCCGACAUCGAGCUCAAAGUGAAACAGGGAGCCGAAAAUAUGAUACAAAUGUAUUCCAACGGCUCUUCUAAGGACCGCAAACUGCUCUCGGCAGCUCAACAGAUGCUUCAGGACAGCAAGACAAAGAUCGAGUUCAUUCGAAUGCAGAUCCUCAAAGCCAGCCAGACCAGUGAGAUGAACUACGAGAACAACGAUGAGCCUACAAGCAAGCCUAUCAUCAGUCCACUAGACCUGAGGAUAGAGGAGCUACGACAUCACUUCCGGAUAGAGUCUGCUGUGGCAGAAGGUGCAAAGAAUGUGAUGAAAUUGCUGGGAACAGGGAAGGUGACAGAAAAGAAAGCUCAUUUAGAGGCUCUGGCCCGUUUGAAUGAGUCCAGUCAGAAGUUAGACCUGCUGAAAUUCUCUCUGGAGCAGAGACUCAGUGAACUGCCCAAAAACCACCCGAAGGCCAGUCUGAUUAUGGGGGAGUUAGCCAUGGUGUCUUCUCCACCUCUCAGUCCUCGCCAAAGCAUCAUGUCCACCAGCAACCAGUACAGCACUGUGGCCAAACCUGCUGCCCUGACCGGCACAUUAGACGUGAGGCUCAUGGGCUGUCAGGACCUUCUGGAGAACGUCCCGGGUCGCUCUAAGACAGCAUCUGUUACUCUGCCCGGCUGGAGCCCCAGUGAGGCACGCUCCUCAUUUAUGAGCCGAGGAAACAAGAACAAAUCCGGAGUCAGCCGAACCCUCUCCAAAUCUGACGAUCUGUCCAAUGAAAUCAGUGCCGUUCUGAAGCUGGACAACACAGUUGUGGGACAGACCCAUUGGAAACCAGUUAGCAAUCAGUCUUGGGACCAGAAGUUUACGCUGGAACUUGACCGGUCUCGUGAGCUGGAGAUAGCAGUGUACUGGAGAGACUGGCGUUCGCUGUGUGCUGUCAAGUUUUUACGGCUGGAGGACUUCCUGGACAACCAGCGUCAUGGCAUGUGCCUUUACCUUGAACCACAAGGAACACUGUUUGCUGAGGUUACAUUUUUCAACCCAGUUAUUGAGAGGCGACCUAAACUACAAAGGCAAAAGAAAAUCUUCUCCAAACAGCAAGGUAAAACAUUCCUGCGUGCCCCUCAGAUGAACAUUAACAUUGCCACCUGGGGCAGGUUGGUGAGAAGAGCCAUUCCAUCAAUCAAUACCUCAUUCAGUCCUCAGGUGACUGAACUGGGCUCUGAAACAGCACCUAUUGGCCACCCAGACGCCCACUCCCUACCCAGUGACCCUACUGUGACCAAAUUAGACUUUGACAAAGGAGCCACCCCUCCCUCAAAACGACACACUCUUUCUGUGGAGAUAGAUGAAACCGCAUCAUCGGAUAAGAUCACAGAUGGAAAAGAGGUGCAGGAUGCCCUAGCGACUUUUGACUUCCUGAACAACACAGUAGCUAAACCAGAUUUUAACAGUCUGGCAGAAAAUGAGUCUGAGCAGCCUGACCUGGAACUGACUACAGUGCAACAGCAAGCUGAAAUAAGGGAAGAAGAGGAAGUUCAAUUCAGCUUGACAGACUUCAAAUGUGUUGCUGUUCUGGGGCGUGGCCACUUCGGAAAGGUUUUACUUGCUGAGUACAAGACAACUGGAGAAAUGUUUGCCAUUAAAGCUUUGAAGAAAGGUGACAUCGUCGCCAGGGAUGAAGUUGACAGCCUCAUGUGUGAGAAGAGGAUCUUUGAGACUGUGAACAGCGUUAGGCACCCGUUCCUGGUGAAUCUCUUCGCUUGUUUCCAGACCAAGGAGCAUGUGUGUUUCGUCAUGGAGUAUGCGGCAGGAGGAGACCUGAUGAUGCACAUUCAUGCAGAUGUGUUCAAUGAACCGCGUGCAGUUUUCUAUGCUGCUUGUGUUGUCUCUGGGCUACAGUUUCUGCAUGACCAUAAAAUUGUAUACAGGGAUUUGAAGCUAGACAAUCUUUUGCUUGAUAAUGAGGGAUAUGUUAAGAUUGCUGAUUUUGGUCUCUGCAAAGAAGGUAUGGGCUUUAGAGAUCGCACUAAUACGUUCUGUGGCACUCCUGAGUUCUUAGCACCUGAAGUUUUAACCGAGACCUCAUACACGCGAGCGGUGGACUGGUGGGGUCUGGGAGUUCUCAUCUUUGAGAUGCUGGUUGGAGAGUCCCCGUUCCCUGGUGAUGAUGAAGAGGAGGUUUUUGACAGUAUCGUUAACGAUGAAGUUCGCUAUCCAAGGUUCCUCUCCACAGAAGCCAUUUCCAUAAUGAGAAGGUUGUUAAGGAGAAAUCCAGAGCGACGUCUUGGUGCAGGGGAAAGAGAUGCAGAGGAAGUGAAGAGGCAUCCGUUUUUCAGAAAUAUGGAUUGGGCUGCACUGCUGGCAAAGAAGAUCCGGCCACCGUUCGUGCCAACCAUCAAAGACCGUGAGGACGUUAGUAAUUUUGAUGACGAGUUCACCUCAGAGGCACCAAUACUGACUCCACCUCGUGAGCCAAGGUUUCUAACUGUCAACGAGCAGGAGAUGUUUGCAGACUUUGACUACAUCGCUGACUGGUGUUAACCCAGAUCAGCAUAAACCCUGUUCACACAUGCUCAACACUGUGAACCAGCUGAAAAACUAAGGGAACAACUCCCUCUCUUUAAGACACAUUACAGAAUAAAGUGCUUUCCCUCUUCUGUGCUCUUACCUGUGCCAUUUAAUAGAUUGGCACUAACUUGCUUUAAGAAAUGAGAAUUACAUUUUCAAGUCUUGGUAGCCCAGUGGGGCAUCUUUUUGUCAUCAGAGCACUAGGACACUGAAUAGUAAGCAUUACAAACUUCUGAGGAUUUGACAGGAUCAAUGAAGUUCAGCUUCCCUCUCCAUUUUCCACACUUUUGCAGGGAAGAACAAUUUCGAUUGUCAUUUCUUCUUUUUUUAAUACAAAAAUGUGCCAUUGCCACCAGAUUUGGAGGGCAGACACAGGUGACCUAAAGAAUUAAACCCAACCGAGACAUCAUAUUACAAAUUCUUUACUCUUAAGAGCAGCAUUUUAAACAGAGGCUCAAGGACCCUCUCAAACCCUCUAAAAUUAUUUAUUUUUGUCUUAUUUUCCCUUCAAGGCCUUAAAUUCUUUACAGGGCUUCCAAACAGUAACUAUCAGUUACAGAAAACCUACCAAAGCAUCCUGCCAAAUGUUCUUCUACCCUUUGUGUAUUAAAUUUGAUUUAAAAGACCAUGGCCAAGAGCACAGAUGGAUGAACUUGAACUUUAUAAAGGAAAAUGAGAGAAAGCUGCAAUAAACUGGUCUUUUGAGAAUUUUCAGUUUCUCUUCCUUUCUAUAAAAGCAACCUUGUACUCUAAUCAUUUAAAUAAAUGUAAGUUAUAGUUUUAUACUGUAUUUUUAGAAUAUUAGCCUUUUGGAUCUGCUGUAUGCUAUGACAAUGGUUGUACACAUAUAUAUGAAUUGUAAGAUUAACAUUUUGGAGAGGGCAGCUCAAAGUUGAGAGCAAUUCUGAACUUUUCAAAUGGAAUGUAAAAAUGUAUAUUCAUGAAAACAAAACAAAAAAAUUAUAUUUUUGGCAUGUGGUUAUGCCAAUGCUGGCUGUAUGUUUUAUUAGUUUACAUUUUUUAAAGGACAUUCAUAGUCGGACUGUUUCUGAUCUGUGUAAUUUUCAAUGAUUUCUCACAAUUUAGCCAUACUGUGGUUGUAUAUGUCAAUAUUAAAUACCACCUUUGCUAGAAA